CUGUAACCUUUCCCUCACUUCCUUUAGCCCGAGAGUUUAGUUAUUCUGUUCCACCGUCAUUUAAGGUCACAGAUUUCGAACGAGACCUGCAAAAAUGUUCUCUAGGUUAUCCAAAUCAACACAAUUAAUAUGUAUGCUGCAGAAACAUUUUUCGACUACUUCUAAGGUAGAUGUAAAGGUUGCUGUCCUUGGAGCUGCAGGUGGUAUUGGCCAGCCCUUAUCUCUGCUUCUGAAACAGUCACCACUCAUAUCUCACUUAGCAUUAUAUGAUAUUGCGCACACACCAGGUGUUGCUGCUGAUCUUAGUCACAUAGAAACAAGGCCCAAGGUUACUGGUCAUCUUGGAAAUGAGCAACUUGCAGAUUGUGUUAAAAAUGCUGCUCUAGUCAUAAUUCCAGCAGGAGUUCCAAGAAAACCAGGAAUGACAAGAGAUGACUUGUUCAAUACAAAUGCCAGUAUUGUUGCAAAUCUGAUUGAUGCCUGUGCUAAGAACUGUCCAAAAGCUAUGAUUGGAAUAAUCACGAACCCUGUUAAUUCAACAGUCCCAAUAGCUGCAGAAGUUUUAAAGAAGAGAGGUGUCUUUGAUGAAAAAAGAUUGUUUGGUGUAACAACUCUUGAUGUUGUGAGAUCUAAUACUUUUAUUGCCGAAGCCAAGGGCCUUGAUGUUACUAAAGUUAAUUGCCCAGUUAUUGGUGGUCACAGUGGAGUCACUAUAGUCCCUGUUAUCUCCCAAUGCACACCUGCCGUAUCAUUUCCACAGGAUGAAAGAAUUAAACUAAGUGUAAGAAUUCAGAAUGCUGGUACUGAAGUUGUUGAAGCUAAAGCUGGUGCUGGUUCUGCUACACUCUCUAUGGCUUAUGCUGCCAGUGUAUUUGCAAAUGAUUUACUUGAAGCAAUGAAUGGCACAGAAGGAAAAGUACAAUGUGCUUUUGUGAGAUCAGAUGAGACAGAGGCAAAAUAUUUUGCCACACCUAUUUUAUUAGGGAAAAAUGGUAUUGAGAAGAAUCUUGGAAUUGGCAAGCUGUUGGAUUAUGAACGUAAUCUUGUUACUUUGGCAAUGCCAGAAUUGCUAGCAAAUAUCAAGAAAGGAGAGGAAUUUGUUGCCAAGAAUUUUAAAUGAAUCACUACACAAGCAUAACUAAUCAUUUUUGGGUAUAAACUUUUUUAUGGUUUAACAAUUAUGGAUAUUGAUUUUACUAAUAUUUUUGUUUAGAUCUUGAUCUAUCUUGCAUAUUUUAACUUUUUGUAUACAAAUUAGAAAUAUAAUUGUUAUUCUUAGAUAAUGGUAUUGUGCCGUUUUUAGGUGUUUACUAUUGGAUGUACAUAGCAUACAUCUUUUAAAUUAACAAUUGCAUUAAAUGUGCUGUUAUAUGUACCGUUUGUGAAAACCUUGAAUGAAAGAAAGAAUGCUUAUAUCUAGAACAUUCAGAUGUAUAAAAUGUGACUUAAUAAACAACUUUCCAUUCA